CGUUUAUGUAGCGACUACAAGGGACAUUUUUCUUCCGAACGUCACGAUUGGUUUGAUAGUGUUUGGUGAUGGAGUGGCGUGAGCAGCCUGCUGUUGGUUGUGAGGUGGCGUUCAGUGAGGCGCAGAAAUGGAUUGAGGAGGUAACCAAAAAGAAAUUUGGCAGCAGUAAUUUCAGAUCUGCACUGGAGAAUGGCGUGUUGUUAUGCGACCUGAUCAACAAGCUUAAGCCAGGAAUUAUUAAGAGAGUGAACAGACUUUCUACACCUAUUGCUGGCUUAGACAACGUGAAUGUGUUCCUGAAGGCCUGUGGGAAACUCGGGUUGAAUGAUGCCCAGCUCUUCCAUCCAGGAGACCUUCAGGAUGUCUCCACUCGUGUCACUGUAAGACAUGAAGAGACUUCCAGGAGACUGAAAAAUGUUCUGAUCACCAUAUAUUGGCUGGGAAGGAAGGCCCAGACAGACCCCUUCUGUACGGGGCCACAGCUCAACUUUAAAGCUUUUGAGGGACUGCUGGGUGUUGCCUUGUCCAAGGCUCUAGAGGAGGCAUCGUGCUCAAAGUCCAGUGUGAGGGACAGUGAAUUUGGGGAGGCCUGGUACCCUGAGAGGGAAGGGCCGACUUAUAAGAGAGAGGACUCCGUCGAGAGCCUGGACUCUGUGGAGUCCCGUACUCUAAGCGUGGCAUCUGAUUGUACACUCAUUGCUGGCAGUGAAGGGUUUGGAAGUGACGCCGAGGCAGAACACUGCUUUAAAAUGUCUGAGCGCAAUGGGAAUGAAAGGACAACUGCAUCCGUAAAAGAGAGACGAAACGUCCCAGCUGCACAGAGGAGGAAAAGGACAGACCAGUGUGAAGAGGGCAGAAGUCGGGCCAACCCAGUCUCAAGUGAAAAUAGGAGGGAUUUAAAUGAGCCCUGCCUGGAACUCCCUCCAGCCUCUGCCUUCCACCAGUGGGCACACGAUUACCAGAGUGACUCUGAGUCAGACUCUGACCGACCUGAACCCGACCCCGUACAGGACGACCUUGCAAGUCGGCGUUUUCGCGCAACAUCUUGCGCUACUCCUGCGAACUUUGCCGUUCCUCUAAAUCCGAGGAAUCCGAGUCAUUUUCCUACAGUGACCCCGAGUGCUCGAAGGUCAUGGAUCACCAUGUCUGAUGCCUCACGGUUGGCUACUGUUCCUCAAAAUAUGUCAAGUCAAAGCACGUCACUCCUGCCCAGUAGCAUAAACAGUCAAGACACCUGCGACAAAACCGCCGUGCAGGAAGAACUACUUCUGGAAGCCUGGAAUGAAGAGUCAAGUGACUCUGAUGGAGGAUGGAACUCCGCUGACCCAAUUCAGGAUGAUCUUUAUUCCCGCCGGGUGCAUCAGGCUACGCAUCAGACAUCGAUGAAUUCUGACUCUGACAAGUUUCUGCCCAAAUACUGGACUCCUGAGGAGGAUGCUCAUGUGGGAAGGAUCAAACUGGGCUCACAGCGUAGACCCUGGUACAAGAAGUUACAGGGCUUCAGGAGCAAAUCCACGAGUGACCUCAUCCUGGAGCUUGCACCAAAGCAGAUAGAAAGCAGCACAUCUUAUAAUCCACCGUGCUCACGGCAGGGUCAGCAGCGUAAAGCAGGAAAGAUCCUCCUUCGUACCUCAGCUCUAGAGAAGCUGCAGCCAGAGCAGAUACAGCACAAACAGGCCAGACUGAAGGCGCUUGAGACCAAGUGGCAAGAAGACCUAAACAAGUGGAAGAGUCGUAGGCGGAGCACAAACUUGGACCUGCACAGAAAGCUAGAGGACAGGGGGCAACUGGAGCUAAUCACCAGCUGGCCUGGCCAACACAAAGAGGUGCAGCAAGAGAGUGAGCAGGUGGAAUUUCCCAUGUUUGCCGCACAUGUGCAGUCUCAGGCCAGGCCUCAGGAGCCCUUCUCCACCACAGCACCCUCCAGCAGAGCUCUUGCUCCCUCCCAGCUGUACAUCCAGCAGAAGGAACACCAGCUGGCCCCACUGGAUUCAGAAAAAGCCUUUGCUCCUUCUUCCCGCUGCUCCAUGCCGCCACCUAUGAGCUCAGCAGGGUCUGGAUCUGCUUUUGGUUCAUUGCCUGUAAAUGAAGCUUAUUCUUUAGCUAAUGGUCCAAUUAAACAAGGCCAUUACAUUCCUGAUGCACUGACUCUGAUGCACCAGAGCCAGGAGGGUACAGUUGUGUUUAUUGGUGAGCCAGGAGCUUCUGACCUUGUGCAGACCUCAUCCACUACCCGGACAGCUUCUGGCUCAGAGAUUAGUCGAUCAACACCGAUACCAGUCACUCGUGCCAAGUCACUGGACGGUGGUUUGUCAGAUGCAAUGCAAAUGCCUGCCGUACUGCCCAGAGACUUCCGAAGGUCAGAGGCUACAUCACGGCUCUCCACAGGCGUUACGCCAAGACCUUUUGGGGCCAAGCGUUCCAAGACGUCAUUCCUGCCUAGAUUCUUUUCAAAAGACGAUUCUCAAAACAGCUUUGUCAAAGGUCAACUACAGCAACCUGCAAGUUAUACCUGUCAACAUGAGGGAACAACCCUGGAUGAUGAGGCUCAUGCUCACACCAAUACCUACCUUGCUGUCCAGUGUGAAGAGGGGGGAGGACAAAAGGACUGCGCUCCUAACAUUCACUCCUUUAUGUCUGCAAGCGUGAUAUCGCGUCCUCCCAAACACACUACCCCUCAUGGCAUGUCUAUAACUGAGGUGGACAAGGUGGAUUACAAUGUACUGCGAGUCAGUCUGAAUCAGAAAGCAAACUGUGGCAGGGACUUUGGCUUUCAGUCUCACUGGGAUUCCACUGGUGCUUACAUCAAAUCUGUCAUACCAGGAACCCCUGCUCAGCUCUGCAACCUGCAGGUUGGCGAUGAGGUUGUGGAAUUGGGCGGGCAUUGUGUGGCUAAGAUGAGCUACGAACAGUGGAAGGCCAAAAUGGAUGCAGCGCUCAGGGAGGGCAAGCUGCUCAUGGACAUCCGUCGCCAUGGUUUAAAUGGUGAUCUUGAACACAGUGCCACAGUCAGUAACAGCUCCAGCGUGCCAGUGGAGAAGCAGGUCAGAGCGCCAGUAAACAGCCACCCUGUUAAUGGUUUGCCAAUAAAAGCAACAAGAAAAAGCUGUGAAGACAGUACAAUCCAAACAAAAAGCAAAGGAGGCUCUGAUUCUGCCAUAUCAGACCUGCAAGUUCCCUCCAUUAGAGCAUCAUCACGCUGGUCCUGGGACACAAACGAGGAGAGGAGAAAACAAGAGAAAUGGCAGAUGGAGCAGGAGCGGCUCCUGCAGGAAAAGUACAGGCGGGAUCAGGAAAGGCUGGAGGAAGAAUGGAGACGAGCUCAGCAAGAAGUAGCAAGAGAUGAGCUUAGCAGCCCAGAGGAGUUCAAACUUUUAUCUUUGUCCAAUGAAAACACCACCUGUCACACUUCAUCUGCUUUCCCCUCCCAGUUCACUUUUCAGCCUUUAGUGGCUCCAAGUGACUUCAGGCCUGCAGCAGAUGUUGAGCCAGCACGGAGUGGACGUGUGCAGAUAGCAGAAGAACAUCAGACCAGAGAGGAGCAGGAUUCAUCUAUGAAGAAUGACCAGUGGCCCAGUGAGUCCUAUGGAUUUACCAAGCUUACACCCUUGGACAGGAAAAAGUCAAAAUCUACCCCAACCCUUGAUGGCAGUCACAAGCAAGAACCCAAAGAGGUUGCAGUAAGCAUUAAAAAGAAGGGGCUGUUGUCUCAGGCUGAGCAGGAGCGUCAACACAUCCUGCAUGAAAUGAAGAAAAAGACUCAGUUCCUCACUGACAACAGCUGGAUACGUCAGCAGGGCUCCUGCACCACCCACAAGGAGCCUGUCAACAUGGCACCAAUAAGGAGAUAUGACUCUCUGGAUAACCUCCACACCAGCAACUCGGUGUCCAAGCAGUUUUCCAGCCCAUCUCAGCCAGCCCAGUGUAACUUGGCCUCGAGCGUCACCCUUCCUUACCGAGGAUUCUCUGGCCGCUGCAGCCUGGGCCCCAAUGCUGUCAUCUUCUCAACCUCUUUACAGCAGAGCUCUAGACCCACCUCCAUUUUCCCCUCUACAAAAAUCUCAACUGCUGCUUUUGAGACGUCCUCCAGUUCACAGCAACAUAGCAAGCAGGUGAGCAACAGGCGGCUGUGCUCCCGCUGCAGUCAGCCUCUGCUUAAGGGUGCAGCCGUGAUGAUCGAGUCUCUGGAACUCUCUUAUCAUGUUGGGUGCUUUAAGUGUGUCAGCUGUAGGAGUGUGCUCGGAAAAGGCUCCGAACACGGAGCUCAGGUGCGAGUCCGACACAAACAGCUCUUCUGUGACACCUGCUACGACAGACUCCGAGUCCGGUCCGGCAUUCCCAAGUGACCACAGUGCAUCACAGCAGAUCACGGAGAAGACUUUACCUGAACAUGCUCCAAUCACAGAAACCACCAGCACAGCCUAAUCUUGAGACUU